GUAGUCCUGUCUUUCGGGAGGAGGGCAAUUGGAAUAUUGCCACUUAUCAUCUCCAUUCUCUGGAACGAGAUUAUCUUGCCUGUACCACAUCCCUCUGCCGUUAUUUCCAGAAGUGAGUGCUUGGCUACUUGACCGAUCACUAUGUGAAGCGGUGUGAGUUCCAGCAAGACCUCCAGCGCUGCCGUUGGACAGGUUCGCAUAGCGCCCGUCAUCCAGACACAUGCUAGUCGCCGAAGCCUGCGACGCUAUAGAGGCCCAGGACACCGCCCUGACUAUCGGUCGCGCAAUCAUGGUGUACAACCACCUAACGAUCCUUGGCUUGCAGCCCCAGGAUUUUCCCGCCAGCCGAUUGGUUUGGUGUAACUGAAAAUAAUUUUUCUUCUAUUUUUUAUUUACAAAUCACCAUUCAUAAAAUCUUUCUCAAAGUUAUUAUGACAAAGUUUUAAAAAAAUCCUUCAAAGAGAAUUGAUUUUUUUUUAUAAUACACAAUCGAAACGAAGUUCAACACUAACAUGACCAGAUCAAUAGACUUACCCAAAAAAUAUUCAAACUGCUAAAAUUAUGCUCUUUAUGCUUGAGACCAUAAGAAACGAAGAAAUGGUAUCGUCUUAUAAUCUUUAGUUUUAGGCAGAUGAUAUGUAUACAACAAAAUAUUGAAUAAAAGUAACUGUUUAAUCGUAUUUUUGUAAUUUCUUAGUAAUCUGUUCAAUUCCGAAAGCUCUUUGGUUCGAGUUAUGUAAUUUAAAAUUAAAUAACAUUCACUCCAUAAUAAAAUAGAAAUUAUGAAAAAUAUUAGGCAGCUUCCGGUCGACAAAUUGUUGCAAACAAAUUUCAGCGGUCACCAUUAUUAAUUAAAUUAUCCGCAGAUAGGAAACGGAAAGCUGUCGAUUCACUUCCUUUUUCAUUAUGCCAUACAGUUGAUUAAUUCUUAAUGAAAUGUAAAACCAAAACCGUUAAUGAGGAAAUUCACAACUCCAGAAACCAUUUUAAAUGAUGAACAAGCUAUAGUUUUAGCUAAAAUUUAUAACAGUCUGUCCACUCUUUGGGAUGAAACAGAAAUUACAUACAGAUUUAGUAAUAGAAGGCGAGAAGCUUUACAAAUGCUACUUAAAGAUUUUAAUAAGCAAACUGGAUUAAAUCUCACAAAAUAUGAUAUGGAAUGCGAAAUUUCAAGACUGCGAAAGCUUGCUUCUAAUGAGAAGAGACAAAAAUUUGUGUGUAAACGACAAAAUAAGAUUUUUAAGCCCUCGUGCAAAUUUUACAAGCACAUCGCAUUUCUUGAGACUGACGUUUCGCCUUACGAAUGUCCAAUAUGUGAAAAGUUAUUAAGUGGCACACAACAAUACAAGGUGCAUUUGGCAUCACAUGAUGGUUCGUUGCCAUUUAAGUGUCACAUUUGUGGGCAUGGUUUUAAGUUGGUGACCAAUUUAACGGUACAUUUACGUAGGCAUGUUCAUGACUACUUGUAUAAGUGUGAAAUGUGCGACAAACCCUGCGCAACAACAACUGAAUUGAGGACUCAUUUGCGAUGUCAUACUGGGGAAAAACCAUAUGUUUGUGAAAUUUGUGGCAAAAAAUAUCGAUCAUUAGCAGAUUUGACGCCGCAUAAAUUACGCCACGAUAAAAAACCUAUGUGUCAAUGUGAAAUUUGUAAUAAAACAUUCUAUAUGAGAAAAUUGUUGACAAAACACAUGCGUGUGCAUUCCGCAGUGCGAGACAAAUUAUGCAGUAUAUGUAAAAAAGGAUUUACCAGUAAUGAAACUCUAUAUCAACAUAUGCUAAUCCAUUCUUCCGAAAAGAAAUAUGCAUGUAAAAUAUGUGGUAAACGUUUUGCACAGUAUGCUGGACUUAGUGGCCAUGUGAAGUCACAUGGUACGACAUUAAUUGAGAUUAGUUCUAAAAGUGUUGAUUUAGUACAAGAAGAUCAGGAAUAAAUACUUAUUAAUAAAUAAAUUUAUCAUAGAGUCCAGUAUUUAUGUAUAUUUUUUUGCCUCUAUGUUUAUCGAAGAAUUAGAUUUUACUUGUCCUUGUUUUCUCGUAAUAAUAAGCAAUAAAAAUUUUGUAUGAAUAAAUUUAGUAAAUAAUAUA